AUGGUGGAGGAGCAAGAAGAGAGCAGCAGCAGGAGAAAAAAACGUAAAUUUUUAGUUGGUAACUUUGGUCAAGAAUGGGAAGUAGCCCAUAUACACUCAAAAACAGCUUAUAAAGCAGGUACAAACGCUGAAAUCGACGCAGAUAUCGGUGUUAAAAUUGGUUUAAGAUCAGUUAACAUCACUUUAAAAAGCGACGUGGAUUCGACGUGGGGCGCAUUAAAAGGAGAAGUUAUCAAUUACAACGAACGUUUUGAGUGGACAUGGGAGCAAGGACGUUUUGGUUUUGGCCCAUAUGCUGGACACUUUCAGCAGGAGUUUCGAGCUGCACAAUAUCGAGGUGUACCUACACCAAUACUCUGGAUAGCUGAUUACUUUGUUAUCGACGGUGAAGGACAACGAUUUGGGCGAUUCUAUCGCACAGCAGGAUGGUACGCACAUAUUUCCAUGUGGAGUGCAUUCCCUUGCUGGAUUAUAGCUAAUAUAUUAUCCAGAACUGUUUUGAGGUAUUGUGGAUACUCACUUGGUCUAUGUGGCUUCUUUCAACUGAUGGCAAAUCUCCUCUGGGUAUUAAUCAAGAACCCAAAUCCUUUGGUAAUACCAUUUGAAGAUGAUACACUUGUAACAAAAUACGGUGGUAGUUUCUGGCUGACAUUCGUGUCUGGAAUCAUCUGUAUCACACUGUGUAUUGUUAUUGUCAUCGCUGAUAAUCAAUGGACUUAUCAAUUGCACAACUUCUUCGGUUUGUCAGCUUUGAACAGCACAGAUGAGAAAUAUUUAACUUAUGAUGAAGUACAGAAGUAUGAUGAUCACAAAAAACAAAAGACAAAUGGUCCUGAAGAUCUCGAAAUGUUGGUUAGAAUGCGUCCCAAUAUUGCAGAUCGUCACAAUAAAAGAGAAUCGGUUGUUGUUCGAGUUCGCAGGAAUACAAAUUCAGUUCUAAGACCGCCUGUUCCUCCAAAACGCAAACCUGCACGUGCUGCACCUCCCCGCCAGUAUAAAAACAGAUAAAAUCGAAAAUUUAUUCAAAUAAACAUAACAAUUGUCACAAACCAGUUUAUCACUUCAACUUAAUAGAUGCUUUCACAAUAAAUAUUACGUUAACUUAUUCUGAA